AUGUCGGCCUCCGUUGACGGACCGCAUUUGCUGCGGGAUGUCUGGGCAUUCGCGGGGGUGUCCAUUGUGGUGAUGUUUCUGAGGAUACUGGCGAGAGCUAGGAUCAAGAAAUUUAGCUGGGAUGAUAUGCUCAUGGCUUUUGCAUUGACACUCGCCCUAGUCGGAUCCGCUAUCCUAACAAUCGCCGUUCGAAAAGGCUACGGUAGCCCGAUAGAUCAAGUCUCCAAGCCCUCAACGGUUAUUCUAUAUGACUAUAUCGGACAGACAUUCGGGAUAGCCGGUGGCGUUGCAGGUCGAGUAGCGUUUGUGAUUUUCAUUCUGGGGAUCCUCGGCGUCGACAAGCGAGACCGCGUCACUCUGUGGGCAUUCGUCGGAGGGCAAGUCGUUAUCAAUCCCCUCUUCAUACUGAUAGUCUUCCUGCAAUGUCCGGGCCAUGCGUCUGCUAUCCUCUCUCACUCGGAUGACGCAGAGAAAUGCUGGGAUUUGCGUGUUCAGACGUACUAUGGGUACUUUCAGGGAGCAUUCAACUCAGCAACAGACCUCUACCUCGCCGCAUUCUCAGCCUACAUAUCCUGGAAUCUGAACCUGAAAUGGCGAGUCAAAAUCGGCUUAAUCAUUCUUCUCGGAUUGGGAAUCUUGUUCGUGCCCACCCUUGUUGAUCCGUCUCUUGGCGUCUAA